CCGAUGACCAUCACGUCAACACACUGCAGGGGUUCAAAGACUGCCUGCGAUUGUGGGGUGUGAGUGGAGAGGAGUGGAGGGACCAGAUCGGGAGCAGCCUUCCGAAUUCGAAGCUCUCAUCAUCGGCAUCUCUUGACCGACGAACUCUCUCCACACUCCAAUUGUCAGCAACCGACGGUGUCAGACACCCACUCUGGCAGAUGGAGGUCCUCGUAUCUUGGGAGACUCCCAAUAUGGAGUCAUUUCAGCCUCAACCAUGUCUGUCCAUUCCCUGGUCGCCAGGCAAGGCAAUCCUGUUACCCACGAUGUCUUGAACGAGACCUUGGCAACUUUGGGCGUCACUAUCAAGGAUGAAGAGAAGGAAGAUUAUAGGAAGCUGCUUGCAGUGUUCCAUGACUCGGCGGUGGAGUUGAUGGAUAUGCCUGAUUAUGAGCCCUCCGUCGACCUAGAGCGAUUCCCACGAGAAAACGUACACUUCCCUAAGCCAGAAGAGAACAAACAUGGAGCAUGGGCGUGGAAGGCGGAUAUACAGGACAAGAAGCCAUCGCUGCGGACUGCAACGAGCACACCUGAGCUGCUGAAAGGGAAGACCGUGGUGUUGAAGGACAACAUUGGAGUCAAGGAUGUGCCGAUGCUCAUGGGGACGAAUUUUGUCAAGGACUACGUUCCAAGCACCGAUGCCACCGUCGUAACCCGCGUCCUCGAAGCCGGCGGCCAUAUCACCGGAAAAGCGGUCUGCGAGAACCUCUGCCACAGCGCCACCUCCCACUCAGCAGCCACCGGGUCCGUCCAGAACCCCUUCGCCCAUGGAUACAGCAGUGGUGGAAGCUCGAGUGGAUGCGGGGUGCUUGUUGCAUUGGGCGAGGCCGACAUGGGCAUUGGGGCAGACCAGGGAGGCAGCGUACGGAUACCAGCGUGCAAUUGUGGUCUUGUGGGCUUCAAACCAACGUUUGGCCUGAUACCGUAUACGGGCUGUGGCAGCAAUGAGCCUACGAACGAUCAUUUGGGGCCUAUGACGCGUACGGUGCUUGAGAACGCUUUCCUGCUGCAGGUAAUAUCUGGCAACGACAACAUAGACGAUCGGGGAUUUGCAGCACCAAGCCCUCAGCUUAUUCCGAAGUACGGGACAGACCUGGAGAAAUUGGCUACACCGGUGGAUAUUUCCAAAAUGCGGAUUGGCAUAAUUGCCGAGUCCCUGACGAUGGCAGUCCUUGAUCCACGCGUUAAAGCUACGUUUGAGCGCGCCGCGGCGUCCCUCAAGAGUUUAGGUGCUCAAGUAGAAGAAGUCAGCGUCCCAAUGCACAAAACAGGCCCCGCGAUCUGGACCGGAGUCAGCAAAUACGCUGGCUUCCUGAAUAAAACCGUCGGUCCUUUUGGCAGACGAGGGCACCAAAUGGUGGAGCUUAACGCCAAAUUCAACGCCAUGAAGCAGGAAAACUUCGAUGAAGCCUACGUAUCAACCAAGAACAUCUACCUGAAUGGUGAAUAUGCGCGCAAGAAUUUCCCAACCCUAACGUCAAAAGCAACGAAUCUGUCUCGCAAGCUCCGCGACGCGUAUGACAUUGCGUUACAGGACUACGAUGUCUUGAUUACGCCCACUCUGCCUUACAUCGCCACGAGCCACUGUGAGCCAGAUGCUACUCCACUCCAGCAAAUCGCGAAACAAGUCGGCUUAGUCAGCAACACAUGUCAAUUCAAUCAAACCGGACACCCGGCGCUCACGCUACCAAUUGGAAUGCUAGAGAUUCACGAGGGGCCACUGAAGGGGUCCGGCACGAAAUUACCCGUUGGGAUGCAGAUCGUUGGCAAGUGGUGGACCGAGGAGACGAUACUGAAGGUUGCGUACGCGUGGGAGAAUGCUAAUGACUGGAAAAAGAUGUAAAGGGCGACGGCAUCAAUCUCCAACACAAACAACAAAGAUCAGGAAUAUAUUUGUCUUGCAGUAUACUCGCUACCUCAACCGUCAAACACCGAC